GACCAGCUGGGACCGUUUUCUGACAUCUAGGACUUUUCUCCAGAUGGGCAGUCACUUUGAAUUACGGAUGCCUCAAAUGAGUAUUAAUCGUGCCACUGGAAUGGAACGAUCAAGCAAUCAAGAAUCUUGUCAGCUGACCGAAAACAUGACUUCUACAAUCCAUGACCUAGGAGAAAGCAGCCAGAAACAGUGUGGGCAAACCAUUACCAUGUCUCCACUAUGCAGAAAUCAUGAUCAUGCAGAGUUCAGAUACGCUUCCCACGCAGUAAGUCCUCAGUGUUCUAACGCUCUUGAAGACACCAAAGGCAUUUUCUUCCAAGUGGGGAGUAAAAGAAACCUCGAAUAUUACACUACUAGCCAAGAGCAAUUUGGGAGUGGUUGUAGCAGCUUGAACAACAGUACGCAAGUCCAAGCACCAGAGAAAGUGACUCUUGUCGUUGAUGGCACUAGAUUUGUCGUAAAUCCCCAGAUUUUCACAGCUCAUCCUGAUACUAUGUUAGGAAGAAUGUUUGGACCAGGACGAGAAUAUAACUUCACUCGGCCGAACGAGAAGGGUGAAUAUGAGAUUGCAGAUGGAAUUAGCUCCACGGUGUUCCGGACUGUGCUGGAUUAUUACAAAACUGGAAUCAUUAACUGUCCCGAUGGGAUUUCUAUUCCGGAUCUCAGAGACACGUGUGACUACCUUUGCAUCAACUUUGAUUUCAACACAAUCAAAUGUCAAGACUUAAGUGCAUUACUGCAUGAGCUGUCCAACGAUGGGGCUCACAAGCAGUUUGACUGCUAUCUGGAGGAGCUGAUUCUGCCUAUAAUGGUGGGCAAUGCCAAGAAGGGAGAACGCGAGUGUCACAUUGUGGUGCUAACAGAUGAAGACAUAGUGGACUGGGAUGAAGACUACCCACCUCCAAUGGGAGAAGAAUACUCACAAAUUCUGUAUAGUUCUAAGCUCUACAGAUUCUUCAAGUACAUUGAGAAUCGGGAUGUAGCAAAAACGGUUUUGAAAGAACGUGGCCUGAAAAACAUCCGAAUUGGCAUUGAAGGUUACCCCACCUGUAAAGAGAAAGUGAAGAGGAGGCCUGGAGGGCGCUCGGAAGUUAUCUAUAAUUAUGUGCAACGCCCAUUCAUCCAGAUGUCGUGGGAAAAGGAAGAGGGAAAGAGUCGCCAUGUUGACUUCCAGUGCGUUAGAAGCAAAUCUCUAACAAACCUCGUGGCGGUGGGGGAAGAUGUGGCGGAAGACCAGGAAGUUAUGCUGCACCACCCGCCCCAGGUGGAUGAACUUGACAGACUGAAUGCACCAUUUUCUCAAAUGGAUCCUAAUGAGCUUCCGGAAUAAUGUAGCUAAAGUGCAGUGUUUUCUCAAAUGGAUUUGGUUGAUUGACUGGCUCAGGACUGAAUAUCCAGAUCGGCCUGCUGCUAGUUUUCAUACAACUGGAUCUCUUAAAAGCUAUUGCAUUACCAUAAUUGCUUUAUUCUCUAAAUACAGUCUACAUAAGUAGAAAGGACUAGUGUUAUUACAUCAUUUGCUGAGGCCUCCCAAGUAUUCUCCAAUGAGAACGUGGACUCUGGGAAUUAAGUUUACAUCUCACCCUGUCAAAGAACAGAAAUAAAAUGUUCUCAUUGAAUUGAAAUACGGUGUAAAUAUACAUACAGUUCUGUGUUAAUGCUUAGCAGCCAUCGCUUAGUUACAAAUAGGCCAAGCUCUAUAGCAAUAAUGACUUCACCGUCAUGGGACAAUUACCAGUAAGAAUAAAAAAACUAUGUUUCCCGUCAGUUGGGUGCAGCUACACAACAGAUAGCCUAUGCAGUCCAGUGUUGUUGCUUUUUAAGUUUCCUUUUCAGUAGCUGUUCCACCAACUCCUUAAAUUGCUUCUUAAUCUCCAGGACCUGCUGGGAAGAGAUUGAAAACUCUGAUUUCAGAGGCAUACCAAACAAAUUCACUCUGAGUCAUCAGUUUUCAAGAAACCAAAUACCAGUCUGCACUACAAAAUGCUACGUUUUCAACUCAAGGCACAGUUGCUCUGCCAUCCCGAUACUUUAAAAAAGAAAAAAACCUAACAGAACCGGACACAAGUUAUGGCAUUAGUGAAUCCCAUAAAAGUUGUGAUUUUAGGCAAGUUUACCUAGGAGUAAAUCCUAUUGAAAAGCGUAGGACUUUUCUUUCAACUAAACUUGCAUUGGAUUGUGCUGCAAGUCUUCUGAAAAAGGGUUAAAGUUCUUUAUAUUCAGCCAUACAAAUGAAGAAGCGUCUCUCUCUACAUGUUGUAUCUGUGGCUUGCUCUCUAUUAUGACGGUCAUAAAUUAGUAGGAAUAUCUUUUAAGGUUACAGUGAGUGCUGAAUCCUACUGGAUUCAGCAACAAAGCCAAGUGCAGAGUGCUUGGCGCAGUACAGAUGUAUUGCAUAAACAUUACGAUGUUUUCUCAGCAUAGCUCUGCCAAUCUUCUCUAUUUUGUGUUACUUCCUUGGUUCUGUUCCAGGAUUCUCAUCUUGCUGCCACCUGCGUGAAAUAUAAUAUUGAACCUCUUCAAAUGUUCAACAACAGCACAUGGUAUUAGUGCUGCAGGGGCAAUACGACUUCACAGUGCGUGUAGCAGAAAUGCCUGUCUUGAUUUUGGAUGAUGUUUAGCUUUAAUGGCUGCAAUAGAAAUUGUGAUUUAGGAUUGUGGAUGGGAGGGGAUGCUGCUCUUCGGUGCUAGGAUAUUCAGAUCAUUACCAACCUUGCAAUGUUUUUUAAAAGUUUGGUGGGAUUAAAGAUUUUAUAAUAAAAUAUGUCCUAAGAUUAAAAGUUCCUAACAUGAAGAAAGCUAGCACUUCUCACCAGUAUGUUAGCUUUCAGUGUACAGCAUGGGUAGGCAAACUAAGGCCUAGGGGCCGGAUCCAGCCCAAUCACCUUCUAAAUUCGGCAAGGGAAUCAGUGUGUUUUUACAUGUGUAGAAUGUGUCCUUUUAUUUAAAAUGCAUCUCUGGGUUAUUUGUGGGGUAUAGGAAUUUGUUCAUCCCCCCAAAAAAAAUAUAGUUUGGCCCCCCACAAGGUCUGAGGGACAGUGGACCAGCCCCCUGCUGAAAAAGUUUGCUGAUCCCUGGUGUACAGGGAGAUUUUGAUGGGUUAAGCUCAGGGAAACAUGCUGGUAGUUUGAAUGGGUAUUGGCUGUUAAUAUGAGUUAUGCACUGUAGUUAUACCUGCCCACUACAUUAAAGUGCUUCAAAAGCUUAGCCCAUCCUCUGCAAGGUAGAAAAAAAACUUUUGACACAUUCAAAUGAAGAAUCUUACUGCAGAAGAAAGCAAAUACACACCUGAAGUCCUGAAUUUUCAGCAACUUAAGUGUGAUUUUUAGAACAGGUUGUGUAUAAUGCUGGUCUGAAUUAACAUGUAGAGGACUUUGCAACUAUCAGCACCUGCAAUUAUAUACUUAAAAAAAAAUCAAUGCACCAAAUAUCUCUAUCUUAAGAGCCUCAAAAGAACAAAUGUGUAGCUGAUUGCCAUCUACUUGGGAUCUGCUUAGAGGAAUUAAGUGAAUAGAUAUUGCCAGAUAGCGGAGAUAGCUUUCCAGAGUCAGAAUAAAUCGAGUUAAUACUUCCAGUGAAGGGAGAAUCGCCCAAGGUCACUAAUUUAUGUAACAAGUGGUCUUUUUAAUUUUCAAUUAAAACUUUUUGGUUUUAUUUCCAAGCAAGAUUAAUGGACUGUGCUAUUGUUACACUGUUGAAGAUGUUAAAGCAGACUUGUAGCACAAUCUUAUACAUGCUUACUCAAAAGUAAGCCCCAUUAUGUUCAAAGGGGCUUUCUGGAAAGUGUGCAUAGUUUUGCAGCCUUAGAACUGUAUCAAGGAAGCUUUUAUCAUUUCUGAUCCAGUUAUUUUAUUUAAACAGCUAUUCAACCUCUCACGAAAGUGCCUACAGCAACGUUUUUCAAAAGCUGCCCUACUUGUGCUGUCCACAAGGCAAGGUGGUCUUUUUAGAAAUAUUUAAUUAGAAAAAUAUAGGGUGAUUUAUAGACAGGUGUCAACAUUGAAAUAAACUCCAGCAUGAAAAUUAUUGGAGAAUACUUCCAGUAUUAAAUUCAAAAAUUUGGGUAAGCCAAGUUUGCCAUUCUCACAUGUGUGUAAGAGCCAUUCCCACGAAUGCACUGAAUGUUGAUAGAAAAUUGAACCACUUUUACAGCUGGUUUGAUGUGCUUGUCCUUUGCAGAAACUACUUACCUGUGAGGGUGGUGAGAAUUUUUGAUAAAAUCUCUAACCUAGGAAUUUUCAGAGUAGCUGCUUAGAAGAUUACAAUUUCAUACAGUAGCCAUGUUUGCUGCAGCUACAUUGGUGUUUCCAAAAGAAAGUGCUGAAAGUCAGAUACACGUUUCUAGACAUUCAGGGAAGCAUGCUGAGCCCACUAUGGCUAUAACAACAUGAUCAUGUCUGCUGCAUGUUCACGGAACAUAUAGCUGCUCUUCACAUUUUACAUUUGCUGCAGCAGACACACUAGUAUAGGCAAAAACAAAGACAACUGCCACAGAAAAUGAGAGGUAACUCUUAGGAUUCCAAAAACAAAGAAAUUCAAAAGUGAGGCAACCCCAAUGAACUUGAAGAAUGCCCAUUGGAAACAAAGUCAAACAUGACUUGAAAGAUUACACUUACUCCAAAUUAUAACUAAACAUUCAGAGAGCCAAUAUAAGCCACUAAAAGUUUUUCACAAAUAAUAGGUUGCUUUCCCAAAGAAACAAUGUAUUUAUAUCUGAUGCAAAAUAAAAAAAUAAAGUAUUAUAUAGCAUUGUCCAACUAGGAAUAUUGGACUAAUGGGAUAUUUCUAUUCUGGGGUGAUUUACUUCUUCUUCCGUUAUCUGUAAUUAAAAAGGCACAAAAACAAGUUUCUCCUUUUUUAUUUUGUUCAAUAUUCAGUGUUUACAUUAUCAUACUUUUAAAUAAAAAAAAAAUAUAUAC